AUGGAAGAUCUGGAUCCACGUCUGGUGAUCUGUGGAGACUCAAACCUAGUGAUCCGACAAGUACGGGGAGAAAUUGACCGUAAAGCGCCAGGUCUGACACUGUUACGCCAGCGAGCCUUAGAUCGACUGCGCAAAUGGCCAGAUCAUGAACUAUUGCACGUCAAGCGAGACUGGAAUAGGAGCGCUGAUAGCCUGGCAGGUGCUGCUCUACAAAGACGAUGUGGGAUCGAGGUAGAGUCUGAUGUAGAGAUCCAGGAUCUCAUAACUUUGAAUCGGCUGGAUGGGAUCCUGAUAGUGAAAGCAUAG